AUGCCUCAAGCGGUACCUGACCUCGAAGAUUGGGUUUGGAAGUUAGCCUCAACUUCUGCAUAUGCCGAACGCGCAUGGCGUGAUUUGGCAAAGGGCAUAUGGGAGGCCAAGUACCACAGCCUGACCAAGGAUGCCAUUUUGAGGCCUUCAAGUGUUGAGGAAGAAACCAAGUCCCCGAUUCCGAAGCCGGGAGAAGACAAGAAGAGGAAAAUUGCCUCGCAGUCCGAGGACCCCAAGCCCAAACCUCGAAGGGUGAGGAGGAAAGUAAUCGCUCUCACGAUGGACUCGGUCCAAAAACUGAGAGAUGAAGAAGAGGACGAAGAGGAAAAUGCCUUGGCACUGACGGUCCGACCUAGGAAAGCCGUCGAGGUCACCAAACCUUCUGAGCAGACGGCUGCUGCUAAAAUCAAGCCUCGUGUCGAGGAGGCUUCCAAAAAGAAUUCGGGUGAGGAUCCCGAAUUACCAGAGGUUGAGACCAUUUCUCGGUCAUCUGUAACUACACCGGACGGGUCCGGUUCUGAGACCCAGAAGAUCGAUCAGAGCGUCCCGAGUGACUUGCUCGGGACCAUGAGAGCAGGUCAUUUGCCUUCUCUCCCGACCUUUUGUAAGGAGGCACUAAGGGAAGCUCAAGAGUUGAAGACUCCCGAUAUAGAAGAGGCCCAACGUCUCUUAUAUCGGGCCUUCGCCAAGUUUCGAGCUGACCUUAGCCAGUGUGAAACCGAGCUCCAAAGGGUCUCGGAGGAGAGGAACGCUUUGAAGCUUCUCUGUGGCCAAAAAGACAAAAUUAUAAAGGACCUUCAAGUGGAUUUGGCCAAGGCUCAUGAGGAAGAGGCCGAGCUAGAUAAGCAGGUGAGCAUCCUUUUGAUAAAGUACGGACUCGACCCAAUUGUGGAGGCUAAUACUUCAUUAUCUCAGUUGCAGCAAAAGGUUGAAAUGAUCGAGCUGCUUCGGGGAGAAGUCGAUCAAGUAAAGGCUGAUUGUGAUUGGUGGAAGGAGAACAUGGACCGCCUGGCUGCGGAAAAAGAAACUACCUCGGCCAAAUUGUCAUCGGCUGAGGUUCAACUUUGGGGCGUCAAAGAGAAAAGUUCAGUUUAA